CUGUUAGGUGUAAUAUAACAUAAGAAAAUAGUAACUAUCAAGAGACUCACAAAAAUGGGAGGAAAGGGGUCAAAAAUAUUUUCACACGAAGAAAUGAUCGAAGAAAUGAGACCAACGUUAGAUUCCCUGACAGAAAGAGACAGACGUCUAUUUGACCAUGCAGUAUGUGAAGUGUGCAGAGAGUCAGGAAAGUUGAACCUAAAGAGUUUUCGAAUUUCAAUCAAUUUUAAAGAUAUCGAUGCCGUCAGUUGCGAAUCUGAGGAAAAUCCAAAAAGUCUGCUUGCAAUUUCUUAUGAUGGAUAUGGCAGACCUCAAUCUAUUUGGGAAAGGGAAAGCAAAACACGAAUUGUCUAUCGACUGAUGAACAGAAUGGCUGAGGAUUUUUUACAAUGGUUAAAGGAAUUUACACUUCAGUUAGCUGGUAGUACAAACAGAAUGAUUACACAGCAUUAGAUUUUUAUCGAAACGCUUACAAGUUACAUAACUUAGAAUUAGUGAUAGUACCCGUUUAUA